AUGAUUGAACAGCUGCUGUUAGUCUUCCUCGUGCUUGCGAUACUUGGACUUCUUGGUCUAAGUACGAUUUGUUUGCUCCGGUCGUUUAAAAUGGCACCUCGAAGUGAAAAUGAAAACUAUUAUCAAGAUCCGAAGAGUAAAUCUCGAAAGAAAUUUCCAUCACUGAAUGAUCCACCUUCAAAGUACCUCUCCGUGAUCAUUCCAGCUUACAAAGAAGUCGACCGCUUGCCAAGCAUGAUCAAAGACACAAUGAGUUAUUUGGAAAACCGUCAGGCGAAAGAUUCCUCAUUCACCUAUGAACUAAUCAUUGUUGACGAUGGUAGUCCUGAUAAAACUAGCGAGGUGGCUCUUCAAUACAGUGUUCAAUACGGAACAGAUAUCGUUCGAGUAUUAACUCUCGAUGCUAAUCGAGGUAAAGGUGGUGCUGUUCGAAUGGGUGUUCUAAGCGCUCGAGGUCAAUGGAUUUUGUUUGCUGAUGCCGAUGGUGCAACACAAUUCAGUGACUUUUCUAAAGUUGAAAAACGAGCUCUCGAUAGAAUGAAAGAUAACAAUGUUGUUGUCUGUGGUUCGAGACGACAUUUGGAAAAGGAAUCUGUUGCUCAAAGAUCAGCGUUCCGUACAUUACUUAUGUAUGUGUUCCAUUUUGAAGUUUGGUUAUUCGCCGUGAAGUCUAUCCGUGAUACUCAGUGUGGUUUCAAGUUGUUUUCUCGUGAAAGUUCGCGUCGAAUUUUUUCUCAAAUGCAUGUCGAACGAUGGUCAUUUGAUGUGGAACUCUUAUACAUUGCCGAACAUUUGAACAUUCCAAUUGUUGAAGUCGAUGUGAACUGGCAGGAAAUACCCGGCUCCAAACUCGAUCCAUUUACUGCUUCGUUUCAAAUGGGUAUUGAUAUUUUAGCUAUCUGGUUACGAUAUGUCUUACAAAUUUGGACAAUUCAACGUAAAAUUGAAUGA